GCCUACCUCUUUCCCUAGGAUGUUCACUGUGACCAAGGCCCUGGAAGAGGCUCUUCUCCGGCACUUCAUAUACACAAAGCUAGACAUUGCCUAUGCCAUCAACAAGCCGUUUCCUUUCUUUGAAGCUCUCCGAGACAACUCCUUCAUCACUGAGAAAAUGUACCAGGAAUCUCUGGAAGCCUGUCAAAAUCUGGUCCCUCUGUCCAAAGUCGUGCACAAGGUUCUCACCAGUCUGGAGCAGACUUUCCACGCGUCACUGCUGCUGACCUUGUUCAGCCAGGUCAACCUACUCGAAUACCCGAGCAUGGUGGCGAUCUUCAGAAGCUUCAGAAAUGUUGCUACUGCCUAUGAAGGGAAGAACAGAACCACGCAGACCCUAAUUGAAAUCCCAGCUGACCCAGCAGAAGGGCGCCCCCCCAUGGCUCUGCCUCCCCCGCCCCCACUCCAGCCAUCUCCUCUGAGUCAUCUGUGUUCUGCAACAAGAGCCUGUGAGCCCAGAGCCCCCUCCCAGCAACCCACUGAGAUCCUGAAGGAGCAGCCCAGCCUUUCUCGCCCAGCUGUGCCUGUUCCUGGCUUUGUUCAGGAAGAAAAGAACACACCAGUGUCCUCCAGGGGUCACCAGAGAAAAGAUAAGGAAGACUCUCAAGAGAUGCCCCACAGUACCUCAGGCCCCGUGUCAGUGAUCAAAGACAACUUAAUAUCCAAGAGGAACAAGGAAGACCGCUCAGGGGCAAGUCCUCCCGGUUCCCCUGGCAUUGUGGAUGUGGGAAAAGACGACUCUCCAGCACCAAAUGACCUGGAAAUGCCCCCGGAAGCAUCCAGACCUCCUACAAACAAGAAAGCCAAAAAGAGAAAAAGAGGCAUCUCUUCAAACUCCAAAAGAAGACAGCAGAAAAAAAGGGCCUCACAAGGGGUGGCCUCACCUGGACAUGAAGUCCAAGAGAAGCUCAAGGUGGUGCAUCAGAGGACUCCGAGGAAGAAUGACUCAACCGGGAGCUUGAAGAUGGUGACCAGGUCUCAGAAGGCAAGGACUGGAUGUGCCCAGACAUCCAAAUCACAAGAGCUCAACAAUGAAGUUUCAAAAACAAACGAUAGAAAGAGGCCUCAGAGGAGGUGCAGCAUUCCACCGAGAACCACAGGAGGAAAGUCCAGGGACGACACUGUGGAUUUUCUUUCUCCUACACUGCCUGUGACCUGUGGUGAGGCCAAAGGGAUAUUCUUCAAGGAGAAACGGAAGCAAGGAGCCUCAGAGAAGUGCAUUCAGAAUGAGGCAGGUGCUUGGUUCACGCCAAAGGAAUUUUUAAUUGAAGGAAAGAAGGCCAAGUCAAAAGACUGGAAGAAGUCCAUACUUUGCCAGGGGAAGACAUUAAGAUUCCUGGAGCAGAAAGGACUUUUUCUCUGAACCUCCAAGAGCAAACCUCAAGAAAAGGGUGACUCGUGGAUGAACUAUUGACUCAUGCUCUGCCGCUGUCACAGGCUCUCGGUGUCUAAGCUUUACCUUUGAGCCCCUGAGUGUCCCAGCUCUGAGACCCGUCAUGUUUGGGCAAGGUGACUUAUCACAGCUAGCCUAGCACUGGGGUACAUGCUCACAGUGAUGCCUUUGUUCACAGCUGAUUUGCAAUGGAAAAAGUGUAUGAAUCCUGGAAAGUAAAGAUAAAGCUUUUGUUGUC